UGUAAAACGAAGUGAGAGCUGGGAGCAGAGAGGAGCAGCACCAACCUACAGACUUCUGCAGAGGAGGGACACAUUCAGGAGGAGGAAGAGGAGCAGCAGCCGGGCAGCAGCGGGGCUCUGCCGUGUUGGAUGUAGCUGUUUGCGUCUGUUUUUUUGCGGGGAAUGUGCGGCUCCUCCUCUGCGGCUCUCCAACUUUGUGAAUCUGUGCUCUCAUGGUGAGAGGCGGACGCAGAGGAUGGGACUAACCUGGUCCUCCAAAUGUCUCACACUCCUCCUGGCUCUUCAUAUAGUACCCGUGUUGCAGACGGUGAUCGUCAGCGCUGGUCAAUGUGACUCAGUGUUUAAAGGUUUCUCAGACUGUCUGAUUCAGUUGGGGGACGACAUGGCCAACUAUCCCCAGGACCUGGAUGACAGAGAGAACCUUCACAAGAUCUGCACUUACUGGGAUAACUUCCAUUCCUGUGCCACGACGGCACUGGCUGACUGCCAAGAGGGAGCGACGGACCUCUGGGAAAAACUGAAAAAGGAGUCCCGCAACCUGAAUUUCCGUGGGAGUUUGUUUGAACUCUGUGGCGGAGGCAACGGAGCCCCCAGAUCUGCCGACGCCAGGGGCCUCAGCUUGCUCUUAAUCACUCUGCCUACCAUACUGACUUGGCUGGCGUUUUAACAGAUAUGAGGGGAAACACAAAGUUAAAGAAAUAAAACACAAGAAAAAUGUCCAACUGAAAAAACAGAAAAAAGAAAAAGAAUGAUAGCUACUCCUCCAUACUGAAAAAUACAACCUCCAGGACUGAGUUUGCAUUCAUCACGAGAAAACACACCUAAAUUAGAUUUUUACUCAUCCCAGUACGACAGCCUGGUUUGCCCUGUGGGACCUCUGCAGACCGCCAUCCUGGAGAGCUCAUCCAAUCACACGCAACCUCACCCAGAGGUCAAUAACAUGAAACAUUCAACAAGCCAUUGACCUGAAAUGAAGACAAUGAUGAAAUUUUGAUGGAAUCUUACAAUUGUGGAAUUACAUAGUAUUAAAGUCAGCCAUGCAUUAUUGAUGUUUAGCAGGCUAGGCCUUGACAGCAUUAUGUGACUGCUGGGUGCUGACACAGUAUCAGGCUAUAUAUUAGGGUUUCCAUAUAGCCUGAGGUACUAAUUCAUGUGUAAUGCAAUACCAAGCAUAAGUCCACAAAAUCAAUAAGACAAGCCAAGGCAUCGAGCCCAUUUCAGCCCCGUCGCCUCGUUUUCACAACGAACAGCUUUUCAUUUUUUUAUUGGCACCAGGUUGACUCAGCUGACCAUGCUAGAUGUUAUGGAAUGAAUGCAUAAUGGUGAUAUAGCCCAAUGUUUGUACUUGUGUUAGCAGUUAUAGUGCCGAGGCCACGGUCACACCAGCUAUGAAGGCGUCAGAAUGGGUGACAGACAGUUUUGCUAAAUGUCCCGAUGCGCAGGUCAACUUUUACAGUUAGGAAGAAAAGCAGUGAUAACAGAAUUUACCUUUGACCUGGGCAGCAUUACUUGUAUUCCAUUAGUAUACUAACACUAUUCUGAAUUAUGUUAAAAUGUACGUUAUUUUGGUACAGCUACUUUAUGAAGCCAAUGUAAAAUCAUAAAGCCUCAUUGUGCCAGUUUCUGGUGUGACCAUGGUCUUUUCCUCACCUAAAGGUGCAAGGGUGUAGUUUGGCAUAAAGUUUACUUUUGGUGAAAUAAAAGUUCAGUUUACAUUAAUCUGCAUGAAAUCAAUUAAUCAAAACAUUUCAGGAAAUGGGCAUAAAACCAUAAAUUGAUCAUAUUGACAUGAUUUUGAAUGAGAAAGCUUCAGUGAAAAUUCAUUUUGCACAACAUCAACACAGCUAGCUACAGUUAAAUGUUGCUAAAGUAUGUCCGAAGCGAUCAACAGCCAGCCUUUGAUCUUUUAAACUUUAGGGUCAGGCUAUAGCCAUGUUGAAAACAGUUCCGCCUGGCAGUUCAGAUUAAUGUCGAAAUAAUGCUCAAAGAAUUUAGAGACAAAAACAGAUACGGGUUAUGCUAGCAUUUAAAUCUGAUGACGUCACUUUAUUUCAUGAGUUUGGUUUCAAUUUAGUGAAGGUUAGCUAAAGUACUAGAUCACAAACUAGGUUAGAAAAGAUCAGUUUAGCUAACAUUUUGGGUAGUCAGUCAAACCAGAUUUGUCAGGUUGUCUAACUGAUGAGACUAGAGGGUCAACCAGAUCAUGUUAGGUUAGCAACAGUUUGAAUUAGCACCAUAAAUAGAUACAUUCAGAGAAGGAUAUCGGAGUGCAGCUCAACCAGAUUAAAUUGGCGGGUUUACUAAAAACCUCAUCCAGAUUAUGGUAGGGUUAACUCACUUUUGGUUAAAUGAAUAAACAACAUUCUAGGUUUUGUCAGAAUGGCUCUGAGUUUAAAUUAGGAGCUAAAUAAGAUAAAAUGAAUAAACAUGUUAGACUAUCUACAUCCGGGUUAUCUGAGGGAGUUCAUAUUAAAACUGUCUAAAUUAGCCUGGGUUAAAUAACAUUCAGAAUAACAGAUGAACCAAACUGGUACAUUUGGUUUUGCUAAUUUAAACUGACAAUUUAGACUAUCAUGAAAUAACGUCAUACAAGCUAACAGUUUCAAUUAGCGACAAUGCCGGAAUGGAUCUGGUAAACAUAGGUCCGGAUUAUCCUUAUUGCUUGAUUGCGGAUUACAACUGUGUCUGAAAUAGGCUGGAAAGAUUAACAUUGGAUCAAAUGAAUAAAUGAAACUUUAAGUGAGGUUAGCUAACAGUUUUAAUUAGCAGCUACAUCAAAUGAGUUUGGAUCAGUCAAAGAUAUGUGGGACUAACUAAAUCUAUUUAUAUCAUGUUUAAUUAAAGCCUUGUUCCAUUUAGGCUGGGUUGAUUAUUAUUUAUAAAAUUGUUCUUAUAAUGUACGUGAUAGAUGCCCAUUUACAUCAAACAAGGAGACUAAAAUUACCCUACUGGCUAACUCUUGUACAUUUACAUUUAAAUCAUCUACUUUUUUAUUAAUGUGUAUUGUCUUUUUAAAUAAAUAAACUGAAAAUAUUUGUAAAACCAGCAAACCAAACUGUAAAAUUUGGUCAGGUUAAUUGAUAGUUUUUAAUAAGCGUCAAAUAGCACUGUAAAAAGCUAACAGUUUAAAGCUUGCAUUAAAUCAGAUAAAUUUACUAAAAGAUGUGGGCUAAACCAGAUUAGGCUUUUAUUAACAUCUUAACCAAUUUAUCUUGAGCUACCUGUCAUUUGUGUUAGCAUAGAAAUGAAAUGUUUAAUUCAGAUCAAAUUGGAUUAGCUGAAUUUACAGGAGAGUUACAUUACAUUGGCUCAGAUUAUAACUCCAAAUCAAACAGGAUUAGUAGAUAAAAAGGUCACAUUCUGUAACAAUAAACCAGAUAAAUUUGAUGAAUACCUGGGUUAGCAUCUUAUCAGGCCAUCUUUAACAUUGUUUCUUACCUUCAUUUUUUUUAACAGUUUGAGCAAACAAUUAAUAAGAUUAGAAUCGGUCCCUAAUAACUAAAAUAAAUUGAAGAUAAUUUUCUUUGUGAGGUUCUGCCAGUUAAAGCAUUUCUAUCUUUAGACUUAAUGCUCAUUUCCUGAAAUAACAUGAGAACCACCUAAAGCUGUUGGGUUAUUUUGACAGAAAAGAAACAUUUUGAACAUGAAAGUAGAAAUUUAAUUUCACCUUUAGUUUUCUGUCUGUCGGGCCACAUCCCUGAGUUAGAAAUAUUUGUUUAGAAGAAGGUUUUUAAUGGAAAAGCUGGAAGCAAUAUGAAGAUGAGAUGUCACGGCCAGUGUAGCUAAAAAAUAUGAAUAAUAAGUAAACCGUGGCUGAAGAAUGACUGUUGCCAUUUAGCAUCAUCACAUUUUCCUACCAGUGAUUAUCAGUAGAAUAUUGGGGGUGACAUAUUUUAGGUCUGUGUUAGAUUAAAGAGCAAAGUCCCAAAAGUAAAGUAGCAUCUUAAACUUCAAACAUACUUUAAAUACAUUUUAGGAGUUUAUUUGUUUUGUGAGACAGAAACAUUUCCACUGCCUUCUAACUAAAAGAUGUGUACUUCUGUUUGUUUGUUUGUUUGUUUGUUUGUUUGUUGCUUGGCUGGUUUGUCUCUUUGUUUGUUUUUGAAGAAGUUGCAUAAAAAAAGUUUAAAAAGAUGGAUAUAUUUCAAAAAUCAUCUAUGAAGAGAAGAUGUAUAUGAAAAGGAUUUUGAGAUAUGAAAAAUGAGAAAAAAUGCUUUAUUAGAGAUAGUCUAUCCCAAACAGUUUUAACAGCAGAUUGAUUAUUUACAGACUAUAUAGGAAUAGUGAGGUAUGAGAGACACAAUAAACAAUUGCUAAAAUGAAAAAUGAUGAAAAUAAAAGUAAUAAUGUUUGAAAAA